AUGGAGUCGAGCUCUGCGACAGCCGCCGGCUCGGCUGGCAUGGCCACCAGGCCAAAGCCCAAGGACUUUAGCCACUACUACUCCGUAACCACGGCGCACCGGACUCCCAGUGCGAUGAAGGCAUACUACAAGUUCUUCCAAAUCCCUGGCAUUGGAAACCUGGCUGGCGGCCUCCCGAACCUGCGGUUUUUCCCCUUCGACACUCUCGAGGCGCAAACCGCCAAACCAGAGCGAUGGACGCCCUCGCCCAACAAGCCCAAUGCCACUGAUGAGCUCGCCACAUCCACCGCUUCGCUGAAGAUCAGUGGUUCUUCCGGCGGUUCCGACCCAGCAGCGGCGUCCCACAUCACCGUCCCCAAGGCGCUCUCCGACGACACCGACCCCCGCAAGAAGAUCGAUCUUGCAACGGCACUGCAGUACGGCCUGGCCCAGGGCUACCCACCGCUGUAUUCGUAUCUGCGGCAGUUUGCCCGCGAGCAGCUGCACCCCAACGUUCCCUAUGAGGGCGGCGUCGACAUCUGCCUGACCGUCGGUGCGACGGACGGCAUGGCCAAGACACUGGAGUUGUUUGUCGACCCGUGGAGCCCUGAGACCGGCCGUGUCUCUGACAGGCCCGGCCUGCUGUGCGAGACGUUUGUCUACGGCAACGUUCUGAGCCAGGCCCAGCCCAAGGGCGUCCAGAUCGUGCCUGUCAAGGCCGACGCGGGCGGCAUGGUGGCCACCGGGCCGGGGAGUCUGGACGAUGUCCUCACAAACUGGGACUGCUCCAAGGGCAGGAGGCCCCAUCUAAUGUACACCGUGACGAUGGGCCACAACCCCACGGGUAUCCUCCUCUCUCUCGAGCGACGCAAGGCACUCUACGCCGUCGCCUCCAAGUUCGACGUCCUCAUCAUCGAGGACGACCCUUACUGGUACCUCCAGUUCCCCUCCGCCGCAGUCGAGGAGGGCAAGUCCCGCAACAAACCACCAGUCGCCGACGCCCUGUCCACGCUGCAGAAGCCCGAAAAGUCCACAGGCUACCCCUUCAUCGACUCCCUGGUCCCCUCCUUCCUGUCAGUCGACACAGACGGCCGCGUCAUCCGCCUCGACACCUUCUCCAAGACCGUCGCCCCGGGCUGCCGCCUAGGCUUCGUGACCGCGCAGCCGGACCUGAUCGAGCGCUUCGUGCGCGUGGCCGAGUCCUCGACGCAGCAGCCCUCGGGCUUCGUGCAGAGCAUGAUUGCCGAGCUCAUCAUCGGCAGGCAAGAGCCCGAGGUCGAGCGCUCGUGGCUGUCGCUGCGCAGGGCGAGCGACCGUGCGAGCUUCACCGGCUGGGACACGAGCGGCUGGGUGCGUUGGAUCGAGGGCCUGCGGGGCGAGUACGAGCGCCGCAUGAACCGCAUGUGCCGCAUCCUGGACGACGGUGCCGCCUACGUGAAGCAGGGGACGCCGGUGGCCCCGCAUGACUCGGACCUGUGCGUCCUCACCAAGACGCAGCUGUACGACUUCUCCUGGCCGCGCGGUGGCAUGUUCGUCUGGAUCCGCGUCUUCUUCGAGUCGCACCCGCUGUUCGGCGCCGCAAGCUCCGACGGCAAGGACAUCGUCGACGGCACCGCCCUCGCCACGGGCCUGCUCAUCUACCUGACCAAGAGCCCUUACAAAGUCCUCAUCAGCCCGGGGAUGAUGUUCUCCGCCACAGAGGAGAUCCGCAGGAACGUCGGCUGGCAGUACUUCCGCCUUUGCUUCGCUGCCGAGACCGAGGAGAAUGUGGAUUCCUGCUCGGAGCGGUUCGUUAAAGGCGUAAGGAAAUACUGGAGCAUCAAGAAGGUCAAGGAUUUGGAGGAUCUUAUCAAGGAGUCACCCGUGGCCGCUCAAGAGGAGGAUGAGAUGGAGGACAUUGGAAAUUUGGGAUUAUACUUUGGAUGUUAG